AUGUCUUGUCCGCGAGUAACAAAAGCUAACGGUAACCGCUACCGCAGGACGGAAAGCAGAUAUGCGGGUCGGUACUCCUAUGAAUUUGACCGCGAAGAAACGAUUACACGCCCUGCUUCAAGCCUACGAAAUGCGCCCACUAUCCCUCCGCCCAGCGCAUCGGUUGCAGACGAGAUGCACUUUUCCUCUCGCCCUGCCUCACCUACACGGCCCUGGUCCCCUACCCGUGGGCCAGACUGGGUUAGACCUCCAUCCGUGGCUGGCUCACAAUACGAACGCGCAGACCUGAAUGGUAGUCCCCGGCCUGGAACCCCUAGUUCGAGAUAUGGUGGGAGCCCUAGGCGACCCCUCCCACCGGCUCCCUUAUUUUCGAAGCCAGGAGCAGGCGCGCGGGAUACGAAAAUUGAUAUUGGUGAUGACGAAGACGACGACCCAUUUGGCGGUGGAGGACGGACGAUAAAUUCUCGCCAUGGAGGCCGAGGUAGUGUUCAAUCAUUCACCAGCGGGUCAACCAUCAUUACGGAUGAGAGAGAUCUUGAAAAGGUUGACCUAGAAGAAUACGAUGACGAUGAAACUAAUUCCAUGGUUGACCCCAACCUGCACUACGGACCAGCUCCAGAGAAGCAGGGACGCCGAGGUGUCCGUGAUGCACAGGUGUCGAAGAAAGAGGUCCAGCUGAUCAACGGUGAGCUGAUCUUGGAGUGUAAGAUUCCUACAAUCUUGCAUAGCUUUUUGCCGCGCCGAGAUGACCGAGAAUUUACACACAUGCGGUACACUGCUGUAACCUGUGACCCGGACGAUUUCACGCAAAGGGGCUAUACGUUGCGCCAGCAGAUUGGAAGGACGAUGCGUGAGACUGAAUUAUUCAUCUGUGUCACCAUGUACAACGAAGACGAAAUUCAUUUUACGCGGACCAUGCAUGGUAUCAUGCGAAAUAUCAGCCACUUCUGUUCUCGGUCCAAGUCUCGUACUUGGGGUAAAGACGGGUGGAAGAAGAUUGUGGUCUGUAUUAUUGCAGACGGACGCAAAAAGGUGCAUCCGCGGACACUGAAUGCUCUAGCGGCUCUGGGUGUCUAUCAAGAGGGUAUUGCGAAGAACAUUGUCAACCAGAAACAAGUCAACGCCCACGUUUAUGAAUACACCACUCAAGUAUCGCUCGAUUCCGACCUCAAAUUUAAGGGAGCCGAGAAAGGAAUCGUACCUGUCCAGGUGGUUUUCUGCUUGAAGGAACAUAAUCAGAAAAAGCUGAACUCACAUCGUUGGUUCUUCAACGCUUUCGGUCGCGCCUUACAACCUAACAUUUGCAUCCUACUCGAUGUUGGUACAAGGCCAGAACCUACGGCUCUGUACCACUUGUGGAAGGCCUUUGAUCAAGACUCCAACGUCGCUGGUGCAGCUGGUGAAAUCAAGGCAAGCAAGGGCAAAAAUAUGCUCGGUCUCUUGAAUCCCCUAGUGGCAAGCCAAAAUUUUGAAUACAAGAUGUCCAACAUUCUGGACAAGCCCUUAGAAUCAGUGUUUGGUUAUAUUACCGUGUUGCCGGGUGCGCUCAGUGCAUACCGAUUCUUUGCCUUGCAAAAUGACGCUGAAGGCAACGGUCCUUUGAAUCAGUAUUUCAAGGGAGAAACACUGCAUGGUAAAGAUGCAGAUGUAUUCACAGCCAAUAUGUACCUGGCAGAGGACCGUAUCCUCUGCUGGGAGUUGGUAGCUAAGAGGGAAGAAAGAUGGGUCCUGAGAUUCGUGAAGAGCGCCGUUGGAGAGACUGACGUUCCCGACUCCAUUCCCGAAUUCAUCUCCCAACGUCGUCGAUGGCUGAACGGUGCCUUCUUCGCGGCUGUUUACUCAAUUGUUAACGUUAAACAGUUGUGGAAAACCGACCAUUCUAUUGCGCGCAAGGUUCUGCUGCAGAUUGAAUCGGUAUACCAGCUGCUUCAACUAAUUUUCACUUACUUUGGUCUAGCAAACUUUUACCUUGCAUUUUUCUUCAUUGCAGGUUCGCUUACGGAUAAGAAGAUGGAUCCAUUCGGCCACAAUAUGGGCAAAUAUAUCUUUGUCGUACUCAGAUAUGCCUGUGUUUUGGUUAUGUGUCUCCAGUUUAUUUUCUCUAUGGGUAAUCGACCUCAAGGCGCCAAAAAGUUAUACCUUUCCAGUAUGAUUGUGUACAGUAUAGUCAUGAUUUACACGGCUUUCUGUACACUUUACUUGGUUGUGCUUGAACUCAUGGCCAAAACGGGACAUGAUGUGCCACUUACGGUCAGCGACACACUUUUCGUGAACAUUGUUAUUUCUCUGCUCUCCACCGUCGGACUCUACUUUUUCACGUCGUUCAUGUACCUUGACCCCUGGCAUAUGUUCACUUCAUCGGCACAGUAUUUCGCUCUGCUGCCCAGCUACAUCUGCACACUACAGUGCUAUGCGUUUUGUAACACCCACGACGUGACCUGGGGUACCAAAGGAGACAACUCGCUCAACACCGACCUGGGUACGGCCCGUAUCAUUAAUGGCUCCAUCGUGGAGGUUGAGAUGCCUUCAGAGCAACUCGAUAUUGACAGCGGUUACGAUGCUGCGCUCCGCAAUCUUCGAGACCGCCUGGAGGUCCCCGACCCCGGGAUUUCCGAAAGUCAACAGCAGGAAGACUACUACCGCGCAGUGCGUACAUACAUGGUUUCCGUGUGGAUGGUGGCCAACGUGGUUCUUGCUAUGGCCGUGUCCGAAGUUUAUGGCGUCGGCUCGGGUGGUACCAAUGUCUACCUCGCUAUCGUCCUGUGGGCUGUAGCAGCCCUAGCGAUUAUUCGCGCCAUCGGAUCAACAACGUACGCUGUCUUGUAUCUAGUCCAGAAGAUUGUUGAGGGCAAAGCCAAGUUUGAAGCCGGAAAUAUCGCCAGCGCCAAUGCCAGUGCGGCCGCAAGCUCAGUUGGUGGUGGGACAAAAUCGAAUAUGUCCUACGGAAGCAAAGGCUUGAACGUGACUGACAAGAUCAACGAAACCAAAUGGGCAUUUUCGAGGGCGAUGCACAAAGCCAUGUUUUGGAAGAAGUGA